AUCUUCUUGUAUCCACAGGAAUUUUAGUAUGACUGCUUUGAUUUCGGCCGUUCUUGGUUCUUUUGCGUUACGUCGAAGAGUUUCAAAUUUAUUAAUAAGAACAAUAGUUGCAAAAUAAUCUGUUUUAAUCAUGGAUGAUGAGUGGGAUGUGGACAAUGUCGAACCGAAAUUUGAUCUCGCGAUGAGGUCAAACAAAUGGGAGGGGGAGGACGAAGAUGAAGAUGUUAAGGAUAGCUGGGAAGAUAUUGAAGAAGAGAAGAAGGAUGUAGAUAAACCUGCCGAAAUCACCAAACCUAAAGCAAAACCAAAACCCAAGAAAGCUCUCGCAGAAAUGAUUGAAGAACGCGAGAAAAAAGCGAAAGAGGAAGCUGAAAGAAAAGCUAAGGAAAAGGAAGAAACGUUGACUCCGGAAGAAAAGAGAGAGGAGCUAUUAAGGAGACAAAGGUUGCAGGAAGAGGCAGACCUACGAUUGGCAAUGGAAACAUUUGGUGUAACUGAAGAAACAUCAACAGGCCUUGAUGCUAUGAAUCCUAAUACGAAAGAAGAAUUUGACCAAUUUGCUGUAGCACUUUCACAAAAAAUCAACGAAUUUAAAAAACAUUCUGAAUUCCCACCAUUCGCAGAGGAACUUAUAAAAUCCAUUGCCUUAAACUUAUCAUCACAUGCUUUGAAGAAGGUGAAAACUCUGGUGGAUAAUUUAUUAAUAGAGAAACAAAAAAUGGAAAAAGGAGAAAAAGCAAAGAAACCAAAAGGAAAGGGCAAAGCAAAACUUAAAAUUGAAGGAGAAAAUACCAUGUUAAGCGAGUAUGGCGACUAUGUUUAUGAUGAUUAUGAUGACUUUAUGUAGCGACUUUUCAUAUUAAGAAGUAUUCUAGUCGCCUAAAUACAUAUUGGAAGAUAUUAACUUGCAGAUUUAUACAAAAAAUUUAUAAUUAUACCUUUUGCAUAUAACAAUUAUAUGCAAAAUGUAUAUGCAGAUUAAUCUGCAUUCUUAACAUUAUCUGCAUACGACUUAACAGAAAUCAGGAGAGAGUGUUAGAGUUACAUUGCUAUAUCUUUAAUCUGUUGAAAUAAAUUUUUUUGUAUAAUUACAUUUACUUGCAUCAUUAAGUUAAUAUCAAAUAUUUCUUGUAUUCUUAUACAUAAAAGGAAUUUGUCUGCAUAUUUAUAUGAUUAACAAAUAUCAAUAUAGUUGUGUUAUAAGCACUUAACAGAAAAAUAAUAAUCCUAAUUUUUUAUUACUCCAAGUGCAACGAAGUAUUUUUAAUUUAAUAU